AUGGCUGUCACCGAUGCUGUUAUCCUUGGAUUUCAACAAUAUUUAGCAAUGUUUGGCAAUGCAUUUAUCACUCCGACUGCUCUUGUUCCUCAAUGGGGAAAAGUUCCUGCAUCUGUACGCCUGAGGAGAGAGUCUGCCCUGCCCAAAGCAAAACUGAAGCCAUCACUCUCAACCGUGGCAACAGCUACCCAGUCUCCAGCAGCUCCUGUUGGGAAACAAGAAACAGUAACUCCUCGUCAGCAUUGA